GUACUCAAAGCGUGCCUUUGUGCACCACUAUGUGGGCGAAGGCAUGGAAGAGGGCGAGUUUUCUGAAGCUCGUGAGGACUUGGCCGCUUUGGAGAAGAAAGACUACGAGGAGGUCGGCAUUGAAACAGCUGAGGGCCACUGGGAUUUGCAUUCAGUCUCGACCGAAGUACCGAAGUACGUGGCGUCAACGCCACGGAGGACGAUGCGCACAGACUGGGCACACAGAUGACGAUGCCGAAUUCUUCGCCUGUUUUUGGAAGUCGACUCUGUGCACGGUCGAUUUCCGCUGUCGAAAUGGCCUUUUUCGAUCCCCUGUGAUAUUUGAGUCUUGCCAGGCCCCAAGAUGGAUGCCCCUUUAUAUAAAGCUAAAUAUUAGGAAUCAUAGUGCGUAUUUAACAGCCAUACAACCUCAGAGAUGCAUGUGCUUUGCUUUGUAUUGUGGCCAUAAGAGUGACCGGUUUUCACUGUCAUCAGAAUGCUGA